UUAAAUUUUAUUUUAUUUAAUUAAUUUAAAUAAAAAAUAUAAUAGACACAUUUAUAUUUAAAAAAAAAAACUAAACUCAUUUAAUCUAUUAAAAUAAUUAAAAUUGAGGGCUUGAACUACAAAUUGGGGAGGGGCAGUCGACUACUUAUCUAUCCAGUAGGUCACCUUAUCCUAAAAAAAAAAAAAAAAAGCGUCACAUGCAUCUCUGUCCUGCAGGUGCAUUACAUAUAGCUGCUGUUUAAAUAUUAUGUGCAAGAAAUUUGCAUUUGAAACAUAAAAUAAUAAAUUCUCGCACCAAUAAGAGAUUAUUUAGCUGUCAUAGAUUUUAAAUAUAAAAUUAAGCUUCUUCACUCCAGCUAAUGCAUUAAAUUCAAAGUCUAACCCCUGAAAUACAUAAUUUACCACCAUACGUUCUUCAUCUUUUCCACCAAGAAGAUGCAUCCAGUUCUUCUCGUGUCCCUUCUCUUCAUCGGAUCAGCAUUUGCAGCAGCAGAUCUUCUGCAGAACCCAGAUUUCGAAACUCCACCACUGCAUGUUCCAAGGAAUUCAACUUCUCCAUUUCAGUUAUUGAAUGAAAACAGCACAAUUCCAGGAUGGACAUUUGAAGGAACGGUCGUGUAUGUCACGGCUAGUCAGACUGUAGCAUUGCCGGGGGAUGGACAUGCCAUACAGCUGAUACAGGAUGGAAAGAUCAACCAAACUUUCCAUCCAAAUGCUAGUUACUCGCAUUAUCUACUUACCUUUGUGCUUGCCCCGGGCGGCCAGAAUUGUUCAAACAGUGGUAGCAUUGGUGUCUCGGUACCAGAUAACCAUGCUGUCUUCUCUUUUAAACAGCAUUAUGGGAAGGAAGGAUGGGAGACUUAUGGUGUCUACUUAGGUAGUUGGGAAGAGCAAGAGCCUAUAAACCUUAUUAUUGAAAGCCAAGCAACAGAAUCCGAUGCUAAUUCCACUUGUUGGCCAGUGAUUGACAAGCUUCUUAUUAAAACCACUGAAACACUUGCUCCAGGAAAUGAUAACCUUCUGCUAAAUGGAGGAUUUGAAUUUGGCCCCGAAUUCCUGGUCAACUCAACUGAGGGUAUUCUACUUGAUCCAGCACCUAGUCCUGUUCUAUCAGCACUACGACAAUGGUCUAUUACAGGAACAGUCAAAUAUGUAGAUUCCAAACACUACUUCGUUCCUGAAGGCAAUGCUGCAGUUGAAAUGGUCUCAGGAGUUUCGGCUGGCAUACAGACAGCAAUGACAGUCACAGAGGGUUCAUCAUAUAGUUUGGAGUUCACUCUAGGAGAUGCUAAUGAUUCGUGUGUGGGAAGUUUUAUAGUGGGGGCUCAGGCAGGACCAGCAGCACAGAAUUUUACACUGCAGAGUAAUGGGACUGGCUCAGCCAAGAAGCUCUCUUUGGCAUUCAAGGCAGAUUCAAUGACAACUUCCAUCAGUUUUGUCAGCUAUACCACCACCCAGACAAAGGAUGGUCUGUUUUGUGGCCCUGUGGUAGACAAUGUAGUUUUGCGUGCCUCUCAUGCAAUAAAAUCAGUAAUGAAGUGGGAAGGUUUGAUUCCUCUCCUAUUCCUAGUAGCCAUUCUAUGGUAAAUGUGUAAUGGUUCAAGCAAUUCUGUCGUUUCAAAAUUAUCCGCUUCUAAUUGGCAUCAUUCUUUCAUCCUCUGAGUUUUGGAUUCACAAUGUAUUAAGUGAGCUAGACACUUUUUGAUUGAAAAGUUCUUUCAGUUCUUUACUAGAAA